UAUUUCCUGUUAGCAAUUUUGCUACAUUUUAGAAGAUCGUUGUAGCUUUUGAGUGUUUAAAGUUAAACAAACAUUUGAACAUCUGCAUUUUUGUCAGGUGGACUUUCAGCCUCCGUCUGACCGCAGUUUGUUCUCAUUUCUGUUGGUGAUGAACUCAGAGACGGAACCGAACUGUGGUCUGUGAGCAUGAGGAGGAUCUGCAGGUUCUGUCUUCAGUCUGUCAGGUCACCUGCUGCAGGACGAUGGAGACCAGCUCAGUCCAGGACAUUCUGCAGGUCUUCAUCAGACAGCCCGUCCCUGCUGAAACACCUGAGCUCCAAAAUCCAAGCAACAGGUCCGAUUUCUGUGGCCGAGUACAUGAAGGUGGUUCUGACCAACCCUGUGACGGGUUAUUAUGUGAAGAAGGACAUGUUGGGACCAGAUGGAGACUUCAUCACAUCACCUGAGAUCAGCCAGGUGUUCGGAGAGCUGGUAGGCGUGUGGAUCCUCAGCGAGUGGAUGGGGGCGGGUCGACCCACAGAGCUGCAGCUGGUAGAACUGGGCCCAGGGAAAGGCUCGCUGGCUGCUGACGUCCUCAGAGUGUUCAGUGAGCUGCGUUCUGUUUUGGGCGGAGCUUCUGUGUCUCUUCACCUGGUGGAAGUGAGUCCUGCUCUGAGUCGGGUCCAGGCCCAGAAUCUGACAGGAACCUGCAGCCAGGAGGCUGAUGAUGAGGAUGACCCGGUUUACCGUCGCGGUGAAACUGCUGCCGGGCUGCCCGUGUUCUGGUACCGCCAGUUAGAAGACGUCCCUGCAGGUUUCAGCAUGUUUGUUGCUCAUGAGUUCUUCGAUGCUCUGCCCAUCCACAAGUUCCAGAGGACAGAGAGAGGUUGGAGGGAGGUUCUGGUGGACAUCCAUCCUGAUGAUCCAGAGAAGCUGAGGUUUGUCCUGGCCCUGUCUCCAACUAUUGCCUCGUCCACUCUCAUACAGGCCAGUGAGAGGCGGAGUCACAUAGAGGUGUGUGCAGAGGGCGGAGUCAUCGUCCAGCAGCUGGCCCGACGGAUCGUAGAGGACGGAGGUGCAGCACUGAUCGCUGAUUACGGCCACGAUGGAACCAAGACCGACACGUUCCGGGGUUUUAAGAAUCACCAACUCCAUGAUGUCCUGUUGUGUCCCGGGUCAGCUGACCUCACAGCUGAUGUGGAUUUCAGCUUCCUGCGGCGGAUGGCAGGAGGGGGUGUGGCCUGUCUGGGACCUGUCACUCAGAGGAUGUUCCUGAAAAACAUGGGCAUCGAUGCACGCAUGCAGGUUCUUUUGAGGAACUGCAGCCUUCCGUCCAUCAGGAAGCAGUUAACCAGCAGCUACGACAUGCUGACUAACCCCUCUAAGAUGGGCGAGCGCUUCCAGUUCUUGGGCCUGCUGCAUCCCAGUCGUCUCGCCAGCCCAGAGAGAGCCGAGGGCCUGAAGCUGGAGAAGAACCAAAGCUCGGCGCCGCUGCCCGUGGCUGGGUUUACAGAGCUCUGCUUCUCCUGAACUGCAUCAGUCAUAUGUUGUGAAUGGACCAUAGAACGGGCCGUGCCUUAAAACAUGUCAGAAACAUGUGAUUCAAGAGAAUAUCAUGGAUCUGACGCUCUUCGUUUGUACAAAUGGUCACUUUCUGAAAUAAAUUCUAACGUCUGGUCCAAUUUUUA